UUCACGGCCGCGAGAAGAACAAGCUGGCACGGUCCGGAGCCUAUAUAUACGCACAGCUCACCCGAGCUAAGGCAAAGCAUCGCAUUAUUUGAUCGACAGUUCGACAAAACAGAGCAAGAACGAUCGUGAGCUGUUGCUCGAUUUGGAUCCAUGGCGGCCGAGUUCGGGUGGUGGCCGAUGUCGCCGUGGCUGAGCCCUGGCGCGGCGUGGUUCAUCUUCUUCAACGUCCUCGUCGGCGCCAUCGCGCUCAUGUCGUCGUCCCGGGAGCAGCAGCAGCAGGACGGCCGCGAGUCGGGCGCCCGGCGCAGGCUGGCUCGCACCGCCUCGACCGUCGUUCUCGACAGCCUGCGCUCGAUCUCCAUCUUCUCCUUCCACUCCGCGGGGGACUACAGCGUCGCCUGCUCUGCGCCGGCGCCGGCGCUCCACCACGUGCAAGAACAGUACCACACGUUCCAAGAACAAGAACCACAGAAGGAGGAGGCGGCAGCGGCAUCGGUGGCCGAAGAAGAAAGCAUGGCCUUGCCGCAGAGCGCGCCUGGCGCUGCGGCGGCAGCACCAACCGCGUCCCCGGCGGCGUCGGAGAGCCAGGUGGAAGACGACGACUCCUCCAUCAGCUUGGACGAGGCAUACGCGCUGGCGCGCGCAAAGCGGCAGCCACCAGCGGCUGCCGCUGCCGAUAAGGUGCCGGCCAAAAAGGAGGCGGCGGCGGAUGCCAAGGCGCGAGCCGUCGGGUGCGGGCGGGGAGCAGAGGAGGCGGAAGGGAAGGCGGAGGUGAACGCGCGGGCGGAGCAGUUCAUCCGGCAGUUCCGAGAGGAGCUCAAGCUGGAGCGCAUCAACUCCAUCCUCAACUACACCAGCGCGCUGCGCCGCGGCGCCGGGGCGGCGCCACGGUAGUCGGUUGCGAUCGGGGGGCAGCUCCGAUCGUCUCGAUUGGUUGCGUAGAGGGAAUAUUUUCAUUUGUUUGUACAGCACAGAGGGUGGUGCCACAGCAUACACAGUUUUGGAUUGUUUACUGUACCACAUAUACGCAGAGAUAAAAUGCGCAAGAGUAGCUCACAACACGCAUCUUUGGACUUCCGAUGAAUACCGGCAACGUCGACUGGUCAUGGAAAAUUAUGUGCAGCGUGAGCUCGGUGGUUGGCAGCAGGGCCGGUCUCCUUGAGCUUCGCGGUCGGUUCGAACUCCCGAUGAAUGACGAUGGCAACGGUUUUGGGCGUCGUUUUCAUUCCUAUUGGCGUCAAUGUGGAGUAUUGAUUCCAAUCGGGUGUUGUUUUCAUUCAUGUAGGCGUCAAUGUGGAGUUUUGAUUCCAAUCGAGAUGCGAGUGGUUUCAAGUUCUCCGGAUGAAAACCUAUGUCCAGCGUUAGCUCGGUGGUUGGCAGCAGGACCGGUCUCCUUGAGCUUCGCGGUCGGUUCGAACUCCCGAUGAAUGACGACAGCGGCGUCUUUGGAUUUGUUUUCAUUCCUGUUGGCGUCAAUGUGGAGUUUUGAUUCUAAUCGGGCGUUGUUUUCAUUCAUGUUGGCAUCAAUGUGGAGUUUUCAUUCCAAUC